AGGUGCUGAUUGCUUGGACUCCUAUGGGAUACACUGAUACAUUUAAAGAGAUUUACGCUGUUGAUGAGCCAGAUACAAUUUUACAGACCUAACCUUCAGGAGUCUCUGAUAAGAUGAUCAAGUCUUGGAAACACAACAGAGCCAUGUCCAUAACAGACAGAAGAACUCAGAUGCUUAAGCUGAGCUCUGUAAAGCACCACCAUCCACUGCCUUUGAUGUUUGCUAUCUGCUGCCUAAGUGCAUUGCACCUUUCAUCAGGUUUCCCACAAGCACUGCCACACUACGUGGAAAGUCUGGAUAUUCCUGAAAGUGAGAGAUUAGCAUUCUGCUUCAACCAGUGGAUAGCAUUGUCAGAUCAACCAGAGAUUUCAAGUUUUAUUAUGGACCUUUGUAGUUCCAUCUAUAAUAGGAUGAAAGUUGACGAGGAGAAUAACCAAGAAAUAUACAAAAGAUUUUUAUUUCACUACUCUAGAGCCAAGGACCCUGCUCUUAAAGCUGGGGAAUCACAGAUAACCACUGAAGAGUUUACAAAAAAGGAUAGCUCGGGAACUCUGGGAAGACCCUUCUUCCUAUUUAGGCCUAGAAAUGGAAGAAAGGUUUCUAUAAAUGAACACUAAUAAAUGGAAAAAGAAUCCCGUAUUAAGAUGUGCUGCAUGGACUAAAUGAAAAGUUGUUGCCCCUCUGUACAACAAUAAAAGCAGUUUUCUCUAUAUAUUUGGACAACUUCAACAAAACCACUGCUCAUUUUGACAA